AUGGAGACACUUCGCUGCUGUUCACGUCGAGCUGGCUAUGCGUCCUCAGGUUUGCGUGCUGUGCGGGCCGCGCUCCAUGCGGUCGGGGCGGCAGGAGGGGGCUGGGCUUUGUUGGCAGCUCUUCGUGCCAUAGGAGUGGGGCCAUCAAGCCACCGAGAUGGGGCGCAGCCGCUGGCUAAGCCCAGCCCAGGCCCCCGACACAUCGCGGUGAUCAUGGAUGGGAACCGGCGCUUCGGACGUUCCGUGCACGGGGACGCCCUCAGUGGGCACCGUGCUGGCGGGGAGAAGCUGCGGGAGUUUCUGCUUUGGAGCGCAGAACUCGGGGUGGAAGUCCUCACCGUUUUCGCCUUUUCCACAGAGAACUGGAAGCGGGAUCCUGACGAGGUGGCAGCCAUGAUGCGGCUCUUCCUCGCUGAGGUGCCCCGGCUGGGUGACCACGCUCUGAGGAACAACGUGCGGGUGCGCUUCCUUGUCUCCGAUGCAGGCCCACUGCCAGCUGACGUGAGGUCUACAAUCGCGGAGUUGGAGGAGCUCUCAUCCUCCUGCACGGGUCUGCAGCUGAAUGUCUGCCUCAGCUACGGUGGCCGCGGCGAUGUGGCCCAUGCUUGCCGUGAACUGGCCUCUCAGGCUGUGCAUGGGGAGCUGGAUCCCAGCUGCAUCGAUGAUGCCAUGGUGAGGAGGAGUCUUCUCACAGGUAACGUGCCGGAUCCAGACAUCCUGAUCCGGACGUCUGGCGAGCGCAGGCUCAGCAAUUUCCUGAUGUUCCAGCUGGCCUACGCGGAGCUUUUCUUCUUGGAUAAGCAUUGGCCAGAGGUGACACAGCAGGACCUGCUUGACGUUGUCCGACAGUUCCAGACGCGGGGGCGGCGGUUCGGAACGUGA